AUGAAAGUAUUCCACUUUGUCGUUAUUCACCCCAUCACUCUUUAUAUACGUCACUACCCACCUCUUCAUCUUCCCCCUCACUCGCCAUUUUUUCUUAGCCAUAGUUGCACAACCCGGCGCAAUUUAGCAGAAGCUUCGUCUGCCAUGGCUUAUUACAGUGCUACUUCAUAUUUGGAUCAUCGCAACGAGCCUCACUUUCUCGAAUCGUGUUUUCUCUGCCGGAAGCCACUCGGAUGCAACGCUGACAUCUUCAUGUACAGAGGGAAUACACCGUUUUGUAGUAAAGAGUGUAGGCAAGAGCAGAUAGAGAUCGAUGAGGCCAAGGAGAAGAGCUGGAAACGAUCCUCUGCUGCUGCUUCUUCUUCUGGAUCUGGAUCUAUCAGAAAAGCAGAACCGCAGAACAAAACUAUACGGACGGGGACAGUUGCAGUCGCUUAAACCACAAAUCGGAUCCAAUUUUUCAAAAAAAUUUGAACAGAAAAAUCGACGAAGGGAGAUCAAGUGCACGCAUCAAACACAAAUCGAAACCAAUUCUUCGGGUAUUGUGGUUUGUAUAGAAGGAGCGCCUCUCCGAUGGGGACUAUGGUUUGUGUAAUAUUUUGUAAUCACGAUAUGUUGUUUCAUUUUUAUCCUCUUUGAGCCCAUUCAAGGAAAAAAUAAGAGUCAAAUGAGUCUCGGAUUAUGCA